AUGAUUCUAUUAAGGAGUGUAUAAUCGAACAAGAAAAAAGGGGUUUAAAUUCCAACAAGUGUCGCAUUUGCUAGGCAUCGCCUGUCGUUUCUAGACGUUUCUUCAACAUUUCUGGAAUUUUCACUCUUCAGCUUUAAAUCUCACUUCAUUCAGCUUCUCCAAAGCAGCAAACAUCAUCUCAAUUCGCAUUCCUGCAUUUCAUCCAACACCACACCUACAAAUCACCAACAAAUUCAUCGUUGAUCAAUCGCGGCAAAGUAAAAUGAGCUCUGUUGUCGAAGCCAUGGCCGACCUGCUGAAUUUCCCGGAGACACUCGAGAAGAUACUGCACUCCGCCUCGCGCCACGACGGCGGCGGCCGCGCCGCCGCGUCCAAUUUCCCGGCCGACAUUCUCGACACCCCGAAGGAAUACGUGUUCUACCUAGACGUCCCGGGGCUGUCGAAAUCGGAUAUUCAGGUGAUGGUGGAGGAGGAUAACACGCUGGUGAUAAAGAGCAAUGGGAAGAGGAAGAGGGAGGAAGGGGAGGAGGAGGAAGGGUGCAAGUAUGUGCGGUUGGAGAGGCGGCCGCCGCAGAAGCUCACCAGGAAAUUCCGGCUGCCGGAGAACUGCAACGUGUCGGCGAUCACCGCCAAGUGCGAGAACGGGGUGCUGACGGUGGUGGUGGAGAAGCUGCCGCCGUCGCCCAAGGCCAAGUCGAUCGAGGUAGCCAUUAACUGAAAUGGCGUAGAUUGGUAGCUUUUGUGUGUGUGUGUGUGUGGGGUUUUAGGGUGAUGAUUAAUUAAGUGUUGUUUGAAUGAGUUUAGGCAAUCUGGACUGUGUAAUUGAAUGUAGAAUGUAAUUUAGUUUUUUGCAUGUCACAUCCUAUCCUAUCUUCUA